GGUUAGUUAAACUGGCUUUUGUCAUGUUUACGUGGAUACUUAUACGUUGUCUCCUACUAUUAGCUGCUGUCCCUGGUUCUCAGUUCAUUUCCAACAAAUCUGAUGUUCAUCCACUCAUGAAGUUUUGUUUGUGUGAAGGAGUGGGCUCUGCUAUGGAUCAGUGUGAGGACAGAGAGGAGGGAGUCCCCCCCUCUAAAACCGCUCUGUGUGGGGAACAUGAGAGCCAGACCAAAGCUCAGAGGAUCCAUCAGAUGCUGAAUUCUCCGAGACCUGAACCCAGCUGUGUGUCCUCAAAAAGUGAACGGCCAAAUAAUUUAAACACCAGUUUUAGACAUACUGCCAAAAAGAUGCAUCAGGAGAGCUCAGAGGUUCCUAGUGGUCAGUCUGAACAGCAGGAUCAAAAACACCUGGACUCCAUAUUUAGGUUGCUGGAAGAAAACAUCAUCACUUUUGUGAAGAAUGAACUGAAGAAGAUCCAGAAAGUUCUGAGUCCAGAUCAUCCAGAAUGUUUAGCGAGUCAGUGGAAGGAUAAGGAGAUGUUGGAGGGUGAAAACCAGAAGAGGAGCAGCAGAGAAGCUCUUCUGAAGAUGGUAGAUGACUUCCUGAGGUGGAUGAAGCAGGAGGACUUGGCUGACUCUCUACAAAGAAGAACUCCAGCUACAUGCCAACAACAUCUCAAAUGUACAAUGAAGAAGAGGUUCCAGUGUGUGUUUGAGGGGAUUGCUAAAGCAGGAAACUCAACUCUUCUGAAUCAGAUCUACACAGAGCUCUACAUCACAGAGGGAGGGACUGCAGAGGUCAAUGAUCAGCAUGAGGUCCGACAAAUUGAAACAGCAUCCCGGAAACUAGACAAACCAGAAAGAACAAUCAGGCAAGAAGAAAUUUUUAAAGCCUCACCCGAAAGAGAUGAACCAAUCAAAACAGUGCUGACAAAAGGAGUGGCUGGCAUUGGGAAAACAAUUUUAACACAGAAGUUCACUCUGGAUUGGGCUGAAGACAAAACCAACCAGGACAUCCAGUUCAUAUUUCCAUUCACCUUCAGAGAGCUGAAUGUCAUGAAGGAGGAAAAGUUCAGCUUGGUGGAACUUAUUCAUCACUUCUUUACUGAAACUAAAGAUGCAGGAAUCUGCAGCUUUGAAGACUUCAAGGUUCUGUUUAUCUUUGAUGGUCUGGAUGAGUGUCGACUUCCUCUGGACUUUCAGAAAACUGAGGUCUUGACUGAUAUCACAAAGUCCACCUCAGUCGAAGUGCUGCUGACAAACCUCAUCAAGAGAAAACUACUUCCAUCUGCUCGCCUCUGGAUAACCACACGACCUGCAGCAGCCAAUCAGAUCCCUCAUCAGUAUGUUGAUAUGGUGACAGAGGUCAGAGGGUUCACUGAACAACAGAAAGAGCAGUACUUCAAGAAGAGAUUUCAAGAUAAGAAGCUAGCUAUCAAAAUAAUCUCCCACAUCAAGACAUCACGGAGCCUCUACAUCAUGUGCCACAUCCCAAUCUUCUGCUGGAUCACUGCGACAGUUCUGGAGGAUGUGCUGAAAACUAGACAGGGAGGACAGCUGCCCAAGAACCUGACUGAGAUGUACAUAUAUUUCCUGGUGGUUCAGGCCAAAGUGAAAAAAGUCAAGUACGAUGGAGGAGCUGAAACAGAUCCACACUGGAGUCCAGAGAGCAGGAAGAUGAUUGAGUCUCUGGGAAAACUGGCUUUUGAUCAGCUGCAGAAAGGAAACCUGAUCUUCUAUGAAUCAGACCUGACAGAGUGUGGUAUUGAUAUCAGAGUAGCCUCAGUGUACUCAGGAGUGUUCACACAGAUCUUUAAAGAGGAGAGAGGACUGUACCAGGACAAGGUGUUCUGCUUUGUCCAUCUGAGUGUUCAGGAGUUUUUGGCUGCUCUUCAUGUUCAUCUGACCUUCUUCUGCUCUGAACUCAAUCUUCUGGAAAAACAAACACCCUCCAAAAAGUAUGAAUCAAGAGAAUCUGCAGAGACACAUUUAUAUCAGAGUGCUGUGGACAGCGCUUUACAGAGUCCAAAUGGACAUCUGGACUUGUUCCUCCGCUUCCUCCUGGGUCUUUCAUGGGAAACCAACCAAGCUCUGCUACAAGGACUGCUGACGAAGACAAGAAGUAGCUCAGUGACAAUUCAGAAAACAGUCGAGUACAUCAAGAAUAAUAUCAGUGACAAUUUGUCUGCAGAGAAAAGCAUCAACCUGUUCCACUGUUUGAAUGAACUGAAUGAUCAUUCUCUAGUGGAGGAGAUCCAACAGUCCCUGAAUUCAGGAAGUCUCUCUAGGGAUGAACUGUCUCCAGCUCAGUGGUCAGCUCUGGUCUUCAUCUUACUGUCAUCAGAAAAAGAUUUGAAUGUGUUUGAUCUGAAGAAGUACUCCCCCUCUGAGGAGGGUCUUCUCAGGCUACUUCCAGUGGUCAAGUCCUCCAAGAAAGCUUUAAUGAGUGGCUGUAACCUCUCAGAGAAAAGCUGUGAAGGUUUGUCCUCAAUUCUCAGCUCCCAAUCCUCACAUCUGAGAGAGUUGGACCUGAGUAACAAUAACCUGAAUGUUUGGGGAGUGAAAAAGCUUUCUGCUGGGCUGGAGAGUCCACAUUGUAAACUGGAAACUCUCUGUCUGUCAGGCUGUCUGAUCACAGAGGAAGGUUGUGCUUCUCUGGCCUUAGCUAUUCAUUCCAACCCAUCAUCCCAUCUGCGACAGCUCGACCUGAGCUACAAUCAUACAGGAGACGGGGGGAAGCUGCUGCUAUGCGGACUUGAGGAUCCACUCAGGAGACUGGAGACUCUCAGCUUGGAACCGGUUGGUGUCGAGUGGUUGAUACCAGGUCUGAGGAAGUAUUCCUGUCAACUCACAAUCGACACAAACACAGUAAACAGAAAACUCCAACUAUGUGACAACAACAGGAAGGCAACCCAUCUGAAAGAGGAUCAGUCAUAUCCUGAUCAUCCAGACAGAUUUGAACGUUCUCAGCUGUUGUGCAACAAUGGUCUGACUGGUCGUUGUUACUGGGAGGUCGAGUGGACAGGAAGGGUUGAUAUUGCCGUGAGUUAUAAAGGAAUCAGAAGGAAAGGAGACACAAACCACUCAUGGCUUGGAAGGAAUGAUCAGUCCUGGUGCCUGGGCUGCUUUCAUGAUGGUUACUCUUUGUGCCACAACAACAGUGUAACAUUCAGUCGUCUCCCCUCCUCAUCCUCUGUCUCUAACAGAGUAGCAGUGUAUUUGGAUGCUGCUGCUGGCACUCUGUCCUUCUACAGAGUCUCUUCUGACAGCCUCAAUCACAUUCACACCUUCAACACCACAUUCACUGAACCCCUUUAUCCUGGGUUUGGGCUUCAGAAUGACACCUCACUGACUAUAUGUGACUUAAAAGAAGACAGAGAAAAACUCUGAAAUCAUCUACAACAAACAUUAGCAAUAAGCUGCAAUAGUAUUUUUUUUUCAAAAGAGAACAACAGGCAAAGCUUUGUUACUUUAAAAUCCUCCUGAUACAGCUGCUCCUUUAUCUUUAGCUGUGGCACCAAACAGAAAUGGCAGUGUGUGAGGACUGUCCUGGUAUCAAUCUGUCCUUCUAGAGACUCAUGGCCUGAUAUCCUCAUCCACAUUCAGGCCAUGAGUAUCACAAUAGCUGAGCCUCAUUAGUUUGGUUUUAGGUUUCAGAAUGACACCUCAGUGUAUUUAAAAGAUUUUAAGAUGUUUUAAUAAUUAGAUAUGAUGGUUCGACUGUGAGUGCCAGCAUGUCCAAUGAACAGUACUGGCUUUUUGUUAUGUGCCUGCUGUGUUUUAUGGAGGAGCUGUUAAAAUAAGAAGACAACCAACUCUUUUAUUGUUUACCAAUAAUUUUAGAGCUGUUUUAUAAUGAAAGUCUGUUGUUGGUGUUUUUGAAAAAUACAUAAAUACGUAUGUUCAUACAUAAAACAAAACAUGAGCUUUGACAAUUUAUGCAGAAACCCAGCAGAUGAAGCUCUGAAACAAUCGAGCUGCACUAGUCCUCCCAAACAAAUGAUCCCAGAAAUGUUAGAAUAAGUAUGCAGUCUAGUAAACUCUGCUUUUCAAUGGCUGAAUCAUGGGUAACUGUGGCGUAACACCACAAAAAGUUCAUCUCUGCAUCAGAACUUCAAGUGCAAUACUUUGAUUUGAAAAGAAAUAACUUGAUGUUAUUUAAGAUUAUGUAGGGUUUUUUGUUAUGGAUGAUGUUAUAUAGUUUCAUGUUUAUUUUAUUUAUUGAGUUUAUUGUUUGAGCUGGAUUAAUUCCACACUCUGCAACAAGCUUACGUGCCAUGCUGUCUAACCACCACCGGAGGGUAGUGUUGGCCUCCAUGGGAGUGGGGUGGGCUAGGAGAGAUUCAGCUUUGUAUUUAUUAUGUCCUGUUAAAUCCUAAACGACUUUUAUAUUACAAUGAUCAGAUCUGAAAGAAUAUGAAUGAAUGAAUGAAUGAAUGAAUAAAUAAAUAAAUAAAAGGACUCAACUUCUUUAUUACUCAGAUGCAAUGAGAAACACCUGUCACUGUAGGGUUGGAAAAAAAAAAUAAAGUUUUAGUCUCAUUUCAGGUUGGUUUGUGAAGUAUGUGUGACCACAAGCUGAACACCACUGGAAGACUUUCACCUCAGUAUCAGCAGGUAAAUAUUUGAUGUGUGAGCUGUCCUAAGUCAGGCAGAAGCCAGAUCAAUACUAAGAGGUUGCUGCAUGUCUCUUUACCUUCAUGUUUUUAUUUAACCACUCCUGCUUCUUCUUCCCAAUAUGCUGUUUGCUAUAUGAGCUCAUAACAUGUUCAUUGAGACAAGCUAAAGCAUUAGAUUCUGAACAUGACCUCUGACCUCAGCAGCAGCCUUUAUUUACACAAGUGACGUAUGUCUGAAAGGCUUAGGAACAAAAGUUCGCUCAGUCAACACCGACCUCUGAGUCAAAAAAGAAAAAAACUGGUGCAAACCACAAAUGUAAUAUAAUUGAGUUUAGUACCAACAGCAGGCAGAAAUCAUGUAAUGACCAAAUAACAUUUUGAGGUGAACGUCAAAGGUGAUUAGAGCAUGACAUUUUUUACACUUAGUAUUUUAACUUUUCUUAAAUUAUCUGGACAACUGUGAUAUAUACGAAUAUAUACAAAUACUGUGAAAAGUCAAAAUUGUCUGAAUAUGUUUUCUUGUUUAUGUUUUAAAAUGUCUUUAAAGUUACAAACUGUAGUUUCACACAGAAUAUAUUUCAACAUGAAUCCACACAGAUUACAGCAAAUGUUUGACAGCAGCACAAACUGCACCCUCUGAUGGGACCAUGGAAUUACACAUUCACUGUUACUGCAAACUGAACGUCCAGCCAUUUUCUGAACUGAUUGACAUAUUGAGGUUCUGAGAAGGGUUGGAGACUGUCCCUGUUGGUGAGAGAUGUGACCUUCAACUGAUCUCCAGUCACCAAUCAUCAGACGUUGAAAACCGAUUGAUGGUGGUCUUUUCUUGAUGUCCUCCUAUGGUUGAAACAUUGACUUACUGGAAGGCAAAGAGCUAAGGGCGUUUCCACACCCAAAUGAAAGUCUGAUGUCAAAAUGAGUAUUUAUUUGAAAUGUAACAUCUAGUUUCUGGAGUGUUGCUUACUGAGCACAUGGCCAAAACAAAAACCCAUUGUAGCCCUAACACAUAUUAACUGUGGGUGGUGAUGCCUAACUCCAUACUUGUGUUUUAGAGAAAACCAAAACAGGUCUGUGAAGUAGAAAUUUGGGGAACAUCUUUGUAUUGCGUAGGGUUCAGGUUUGUGUCAUCACCGAUAAUGAACUUGACCUAGCUUUUAACAAACUCUUAUUAUUUUAAAUGUUGAAUCAUUUUUGUGUAUGAUGGGUGUACAAGGACCCAACACACUCAAUGGUUGACUCACUGAUUUGCACUUUGUCUUUGUGUGUGCAACUGACAAUAAUCUCCUCUCAGCCCAGAUGUCCGUCUCCUCCUUCUCCGCUCGUCUCUUCCUCCACUAUGAAAAGAAAUGGAGACUGUCAUCAGUCAUAACGCCACCACCUGUGGCCUCACCUGCCUCCCAGCACCGCCCCCUUGAGCUCACUGCACCACUCCUCUCCUGCAACUGAUCCAGGGACCACACCUCCACCACACUGGGUUUGGACAGAACAAUGACUGACUUUAGGAACCCAAGACUGUGAUAACAUAUGUCGUCACAAAAAAAUGUUUUUUUCUGAACGGUAUAUUUUUGAUAAAUUUUCAUGUUUUUAGGGUGCUGAAUCCAAAAAUGAGCUCUAUUUUCCUCCAUCAAGUACAUUUUUUUUUUGCAAAAUAUUAGGACUUUACAUUAAAAAAGCGAAAACAGCAAUGAAAAAAAUUUCCCAAGGAACAAAAUAAACCUGUUGGGACAUCAUCCACUGAGCUCCUCACGCCAAACCCACCCCACCUCCCCCUCCUACUAACCCCACUUAAUUCCUCACAUUUGAAUUUAAAAAGGUAAAUUGGAUGCUUAAUUAAACCAAAAACUUGAGUUCUGCAAGAAAAACUGACAAAAUGGAAUUAUUAAAAUAUUUUUCCUGGUUUAAGUGACUAAAGAUCUACAAGAAAAAAACAAUAAGAAAUGUACCAAAGAUGGUAUUUUUAAGACUUUUUAAGAUUUUUUUAGGGACUUGUUACACUUGUUAAUUGUGACUUGUAUGUUCAUAUGUUUUGUUUUUUUUACCAAACAAUAAUUCAGUAUCAACAAAACUGAUCUUGGGUUGUGUUAAACUGCAGCAGUAUUAA